AUGCUCGCCCUCCUCACCUGUCCAGCCUCCUCGCUACCGUGCCGAUCCGGCUGGCGCCCUGCGCGUGGCGUCUCCGCGCUGCGCUCUCCUCGUUCGAUGCUGAGCGUGGCCGUGGACCCGGAGGAGGACCUGGUCCGCAAGAUGGAGCAGGCAAAGCAGGACAUCCGGCAGGUGCGGGCCCUCGUUGAGGAGCUGCGCAGUCAGAUCUCAGCGACAGAGGGAGUGGAAGACGCGGUGCAGCCGGCGACCGACGCUGCGGCGGCGGCGCUUCAGGCGGCGCCAGACGCGGCGGCUGCUGCGGCUGCGACGCAGACUGCGGCCGCGGCGAGCACGGCGGCGGCGCAAUCAACGACCGCGACAGAGGCCGCCAAGGGGGUGGCUGCGACGGCGGACGCGGCGGCCCCUGCCGCCCAGGCCGCGGCGCAGAGCGGCGGAGACUUUGUGGCGUGGGCAGCGCCGCAGUUGCAGGCAGCAGCGGGGUCGGCAGCGCACGCGGUGGGGUCGGCGGCGACAAAGGCUGCGGUGGCAGGCGGCGCGGCGGCGGCGCACGCGGUGCAGCACGCGGCCGCGUUUGCGGCCGCAAAGCUCAGCUUUGUGAUUGCGGCGGCGCUCAGUGCGCCGCCCGAGGUGCAGCUGGCUCUGGUGGGGACGGUGGUCGCGGCGGCCGCGGUCGCAAACAGGGAAUUGCUCGCUUCCGCGCUCCUCGGGGCGGGGCAGGGCGAAGGGGACGAGGGCGCCGCGUCCGAAGCGAGCGAGGCGAGGCUUGGGCAGCCGCCGCGGCAGCCGGAGCCACUACAAACGCAGCCACUGCCGACGCGGCCGAUGCCACCUCAUCCGAUGCCGCCUCCGCCGCUACCGCUGCCGCCGCCUCCGCCGAUGCCGCCUCCGCCGAUGCCUCCGCCGAUGCCUCCGCCGAUGCCGCUGCCGCCUCCGCCGAUGCCGCCUCCGCCGAUGCCGCCUCCGCCGAUGCCGCCUCCGCCGCCGCCGCCGCCUUCCGAGAUGAGCGAGGCGCAGAGGAGGGCCAGGGCGGCGAGGAAGGCCGAGGAGGAGGUGUGGGCUCUCGCCUACGGCUCAGCGAAGCCCUCGAGUGGCGGCGGCCAGGCAGCGAGCGUGCAGGGCUCCGGGCGGGGCGGCGGCGCGCCUCCACGCAAGGCGCGAGGAGCAGCGAGGGAGACGCGCGGCGCGCGGUCUCCAGGACGAGGGCCGUCUCGGUCUGCGUCGCCAGCCAGCGCCGCUGCCGCCGGCGCUGCCGCUGCCGCUGCUGGCGGCGCUGUCGCCGGCGCUGCUGGCGGCGAGCCCGAGGACUGGAGCGAGAUGCUCGACCGGAUGAUGGACGCGCUCCCGUACCCCAUGCCGCCGGCGGCACCGGCGCCGGCGUCGGCACCCGCGGCGACCGCGGCAGCGGCUACGGUGGGGGAAGCGUCGCUAGCUGAGGCGUCAGUAGCUGCGCCGCCCUCCCCGCCGCCCGGGUUCGGCGUCGAGACGCCGAUGCCUGGCCGCGAGAGAGAGUACGAGGCCUUCAAGGCGCAGGAGCAGGCAGGCUUCGUGCCCGGGCCCGCCUACGCGCCUCCGCCCAUCGACGCCGAGCGGAAGAGCCGCUCGCCCGGCUUGCGCAACAACUUUUACGACGUGCCGACCUCAGACUUCAAGCGGCCGUACGGGACCGGGAGGAGUGCGCCGCCUUCCGCGCCAGGGAGGCCCUAG